AUGAUGUCCUGGUUCAAAAAGCCUACUCUAGAGGACCAAUUGUUCGACCUGAAAUUUACAUCAAAGCAACUUCUUAAUUUUUCGAAAAAAUGUGAAAAAGAGGAAAAGGCGGCAAAGGCACAACUCAAGAAAUCAAUUCAAGCUGGCAACAUGGAUUGUUCCCGUGUCUAUGCAGAAAAUGCUAUUAGAAAAAAGAACGAAGCUCUUAAUUAUAUGCGAAUGUCCUCAAGAAUCGAUGCAGUAGCAGCAAGAGUACAAACAGCGGUGACUACGCAAUCUGUAACCGCUUCAAUGCGGAAUGUUGUGAGUGGCAUGAGUGCAGCUAUGAAGUCGAUGAAUUUAGAGAAGGUCUCGAACUUGAUGGAUCAGUUUGAGAAGGAAUUUGAAUCUCUUGAUGUGCAGUCUCAGGUAAUGGAAGGUACUAUGAGUAACACUACUUCCUUGAAUGCUCCCUCGAACGAAGUUGAUAGUCUAAUGCGAGAGACAGCCGAUGAAGCUGGAAUCGAACUGGACUUGAAUCUUCCAAGUGGGGUUACUUCUACGAUUGGAGCUCCCAGUGCAACAGUACCUGCGGAGGAGCAGGACUUAUCUGACCGCCUAGCUCGACUUCGGCAAAGCUAA